AUGAAGGAUGUAGAAACUAGAUCGAUCAAGUUGGAUGAAGAAGCGCCCAUUGAAGAAGUCAGUACUAUACCUUUGGGAGUCGUUUGCUUUGCCGCCAUUUUGGUCCUAGGCGGCGCCCCGAACCGCGUUGUCACGGCACGAGAGCAGAAAGAGAUCUUGCGCCUCAUUCAGCAAGACGAAGUCGAACUCUCUCGUCUUCAUAGUCAGCUGAAGGAUCUUGAGAAGAGGGUAGAUGAGCCGCAACGCAGGGUUCGAGACUAUCGCAACGUCCUCGCCGUCGCCGAAGCACUUCACGCCUCAUUCAAAAGGAAGCAUCAGUCCGCCGUGGAAAGUUCGUCCGCCCUCAGCAAACUCGACCUCGACGCGGUCCUUUCUGUUGACGACGAGAAUGUCUCGCGCGUUCAACGUCGCCACUUGGUUGAACAAGCUAUACUCGAAGAGGAAAAGAACACAACAGAGAUGAAAGAUAUCGCUGACAAGAUUGGAGUGCUGGAUGUUCGCAUUCGAGACAUUCAACUCGCUAUAGAAGGGGAGGAGACCAUCCUCUCGAUGCUCGAGGUAUCCAAGGGAGGUAUACGCGAGUCGAUUGAGCGUAGAAAAACUCAGCUUUCCGUCAAGAAAUCCGCCGUCAGCUUCAGGCGCGCCAUACCAGCGGAGAUCUGGGAAGAAAUAUUUCACCUCGUCAUAGUCGAAGAAGAAUUCGGAUUCAAAGAAGUGGCUCGCAACGGGAAACCACCGCUUCCGACGCUGAAACUUGCGGCCGUUUGCAGGUAUUGGCGAACGAUCAUCAUGCACCGUCCAAAGUUAUGGAGAUACGUAGCUAUUCCACACUAUAUGAAGAUUAGCUCUUCUCAAAAGGAUCGAAUCAACUACUAUGCCCAACGGUUGUCCAAACUCUCUCCACUUGCCUAUACGUACCGCCACGACUUUGCGGAAGGAUCUUUCCCUGUGGAUUUCAUCGAGUUUAUCCGUGGAACAUUCACAGACUAUGGAACCCUCGAGCUUCUAUCACCUAACGUUGGGAUGUGGCGAGGCACGGCACUUCGGCGCCUAUUGGAGAAUUUAUCUCCCAAUAUAGACGUACUGCGAAUUAUUGCAUACUCAGAUCAUGGGAUCGCUACAUAUCUCUCAGCGUCGAUCCUGCAAAAGAUCAAACAACUCGAAAUUGAUAAAGCAGAAGUAAAAUCUCUGGACGAUUCCAGUGUAUCCUCAAGCAUCACCUCAUUCUACAUUAGAAAUGCUGAGAUGAGCCACUCCUGUCUCAGGCAGUGGCUCAAAGUGAUGCCCGGCCUCAAGUAUCUUAAGUUCCUCAGUUCUUCACUGGUCGAUUGUAGCUCGUCUGAUAAAGCGACUCUCGCACUGGUGGAGUCGCUGGAGUGCGACCUCGAUCAGUAUCCGCGGCUUUCCCGUGCAAUCUCCACCCCCAAUGUGAACCACUUGGUUCUGGAAUAUGAAUCGUUCUCGGGGUAUAGCUAUUGGGUACGCGAUGACGAUGAAGACGAGGACGAGGACGAGGAGUACGAUGAGAUUCAAACUCCAGAAUCGAUUCGGUCGUUGACUAUUCGAGCACAUUCAGACGCGGAAGAGUUGUCAGCGACGAACAAAGAAAGAUGCCAAUUCAUCUUCAAGCAUUUCGAACAUAUCACGUGUUUGAAGCUCGACGGCAAGAAAGUCGGCGCAUUCCUCGAACACCUUCCAACCACCGAGGUUCCGCUCGCAAACCUCCAGGACUUGGUGAUCACCAAUAGUGACAUCAAGGAGUCUACGUUGUCAUCUUUCCUUGAAGGAUUCGUGGAUAUCAACGACAAAGGGCUCACUCUAGUCACCGAGGGCUGCUCCAAUCUCGAGCUGGAUGCAAUACAGAGAUUGCAGGAACUAGCUCUGAAUUCAGAAAUUAUGUAA